UGGCCGCCGAGUGCAUUAUGGGUAUAAUCGUGACGUCAAAGAUCAACAGAUCGGAUUACUCCAUCUCAAGGCGCGGCAAGUUUCUUUGUUUUACACAGAGUUUAAAAUGGACUUGGACCCAAGGCUUUUUAACAUUUGCCGAUGGAUUGGAUUCAGAGGCGACAGAUUUAGAGGUUAAGGAUGAAAGUUUACAUCUUCAUUUUUCAUCAGGAGGCGAAUCAGAGCCAGAAUCUGUGUUAUCAGCAACACCCAAGACAAAGAAAAGAACAGCCACAUCAUUGCAAUCUACAGGUUUAAGGAAAUAUCCUAGAAAACCUGCCAAAGACAGGCUCUAUGAAACUCUGCAGCUUUCUUGAUGUGAGUCUGGAGAUGAAGAUGAACCCCAACAUGAUCCUCCAGCACAAAAGAGUGCAGUGAAGGACUCUUAUUUAAAUGGUCAACAGACGGAUUUGAAAUGGAACUACGGUACAGCAAAAGAUUCAUGGAUGAAGAAAAUGUACCACUGACAGUAUUUAUGAGGAACAGUGUACAAGGGAUUGCGCCAGAUGAAAGAAUUGACGUCAUAGAUGCUGCCAUUAAAAGAUAUUUUACAUCCAGAAAGGAGGCCAACAAUAGGCACAAUAAGAAUAAAGAAGAGUUAAAUAAAAAGAGGCAAGCAACAUAUGAAAGAAAGAAAGAGAAAUUGAAGAGGAGACUUGUUGCGGUAGAGAAGACGGGAUGGUCCGAGGAGAAGAAAAAUAAAGUUAGAACAUUUUUCCAGCUACCAAAUGCUCACAAAUAUAUGAGCAGUGAUGAGGAGGGAGAUGAUGGUUUUGUGUCCCAUCCAUAUUCCUGGGAGAGUGAGGAAUUACAGAAAGUUAAAGGAAGUCUGGACAAAAAAUAUUUAGAGACAUGUCCUCCACGUAGCAAGAGGUUAUUGUCCAAAAAAGUAGCGGGUCUCUAAGAGAAGAAGAGCCACCUAAAUUAAACAUUAUUCAUGCAUGGACUUUAAACAUGUGAAUUGCAUGUUAAAAUAUGUUCUUAACAUGUAAUAUUUUUUGACUAUGUGAUGCAUAUGCAAUUUCUUUUUUGUAACACCACUUUUUCAUUUGUACACAUAUUUAGUCUUUGAAUCUGAAGUGCCACAAAGAUCUGUAUUGGGACCAUUGUUGUUUAUAUAUAUAUGUGUUAAUGAUAUUGCAGAUAUACAGAUUAUUUGCGGAUGAAAGUUAUCUGCAGCAGUCAUUCAAAUCUGUUAAAUUUUUCGAAGACAAUUUCAAUUAUGAUCUUUAGGUUCAGAAAAUGACCUUUGUAGUUCAAUUCUUUUAAAACAAAAUUUGAUACCAUUGAUACAAUAAGAAUUGUUCAAAUUAAGCAUAUAUUUACACAAAAUUCAAGAUAAUGCAUUCUAUCAUAAAAUAUAUCAAAAAUAUUUUGUUAUGCAUCCCAGCAUGUUUGAAAUAUCAAUGAUUUAUUGUGUACAAUUUGUUUUAUAUUGUUAUACAUGUCCAUGUAUAUUAACCACCGUUAUUGUGGUAUAUAAUCAUACAUUUGUGAAAAAUAGAAAUUAAUAAAUUGACUAUUGAUAUUUGAA